AUGACCAAAAGAGAUAUUGAUCAAUGUUCCUUGUCAUUGUCGUUAUUAGCAACAUUGACUCCACAUUUUAGAGCCAAUGUUGAUGUUUUUGACAACUACUGGACACAAGGCGAUGCCUUGAAACAAACCAUAGCCUCUUACGAUCCUAAUCCUCUUAACGCCACCGACCAUUUGAGUUACCAUGUCGCUUUAGCAGCGGACGCCACGGAAUCAAUCAACAGCGCAAGGAGAGAACUUUCAAAGGUGAGAAAUGGUCGGAAAAUGCGUAGCUUACAAGUUACAAACGACCCUAUAGACAAAUGCUGGAGAUGCCACGGUGACUGGGAGAAGAACCGUAAGAAACUAGCGGGUUGUGUGCUCGGAUUCGGCAGGAGAACCACCGGAGGCAAAGACGGCCUUUCUACCUCGUCAACGAUGCCUCUAAUGAUGAUCUUAUCAAACCUUUAACAAAGCGCCACACUUUAUGAUCUCAGUUUGUUAGCAUGUUUUUUUCUCUGUUUUUGCCAUGUCUAACAAAAGUUUGUUUAUAAACUCUUAGCUUGUAAACCCUUUUCAUCAAAAUAUCAUAUUCACAGUUAAGCAAAAAAAAAAAGAAAACCC